AUGCCAGCCCAAAAACCCAAGAAAAAACCAGCAUCUGCAACUCACUCCAAACCACAGCCAACCCCACCAAACUGGCCCCCUCUCCGCCCAUUGGUCCCCUCCACAGACCUCUACCUCGAACCUCUACUCACUGACCAAAUUUACAUAAUCCGCAAUUUCUUUACAGCGAACUUGUGCAAAUCAUACGUCUCAUUUCUGACGUCGCCAUCCUCGGCGAUUGAGUUGAUUACAACCCCCUUAAAGCCGAAGAGUAGGGAUCAUGCGGUGCGCGUGAACGAUCGGUUUCAGGUCCAGGAUGCUUCGUUUGCGGAGAUGUUGUGGGGGAUGACUUGUUUGAAGGAUCUUGUUUGUGAGAUUUGUGAGGGGAGGGAAGAAGAUAGGAAGAAGAUCUGGGGUGGGACUCCAUUGGGAUUGAAUCCGAAUAUUAGGAUAUAUCGAUAUACGCCCGGGCAGUUUUUUGCUCAGCACUACGACGAAUCCAACACUAUCCAAUUCCCUGACCAGUCAGGAAAAUCAACAUCGGCACAUACAACAUGGACUCUGCUCAUCUACCUUACUACGACAGAGGGUGGCGAGACGGUGUUCUACCCCGAAGAUGGCUCUGCGCCGAUAUCCGUGGCACCGGAAGUCGGAAUGGCGCUUUUGCAUCGGCAUGGAGAGCAUUGUCUGCUGCAUGAGGGGAAGGAAGUGCGCACGGGGGAGAAGUGGGUGAUUAGAAGCGACUUGGUUGUUGGAUAA